AUGUAUUCAUCACACAAAGAAAGGCUUGUCUUCAACAAGGAUCAUACAGGUAUCAUAACCUUCUCCGAAGAAAAUGAAGAAGAUUCCUCUCUUGAAAUUAAUCAAGAUCAUCUAAUUUCCAAUGUUAUGAAAGAGGAAGAAGAAACACAGUUGAAAUCAAAAUUAAAUCCUCAAAAUCCUCCAGUGCCACCCCCACGAAAUCGUUCUCGCAUCAAAUCACCAACAAAAUCAUUGGACAAUGUCCUAGGAAGGCUAUUUGAACAAAUCAAAGAGAAGGAUGCUCAAAAUCCAGCCUUGCACUAUCCGCAAGCCGUAAAACUAAACAAGAUCCUGUAUUAUACCAUCGGAGGAAUAAUUUUCACCUUGCUAUUUUCAUGGCUUGAAUAUUCUCAAACAGUCUUACUCAUUACUCCUUUAAUAAUUUUUGUGGCAAUUGGAAAGAUUAAUUUGUAUCCGAGCGAUUAUUUGUAUAGUCCUAAAUAUUCAAUAACCUUUCAUCAAUUAAGAGAAUCAAUUCGAUUCUAUAAUAGAAUUAUUACUAAAGAAUUAUCUAAAAAGAAAAGAAAUAGGGUUCUUGCUUUGGUAGAUCCAACUGAUGUGCAGUUAAUACCUCUUGUUUUUGCUUUAAUUCAAAGUGGGCAAGAAGUGAUUGUUUUAAAUCCAAAGGAAUGUGGAUUGAAUAGCUUUUUUGAAUGGAUUCCAAAACUUGACAUCGAUGCUGUUCUAGUUUCUCCGCUGAUUUAUUGUAUGCUGCAAAUUAUUCAUUUUGUACAGAAAAGAUCUUGGCUGUCGCUUGGAAAGAAAUAUUUAAUAUUCACUGGUUCUCUAACUGCUUAUAAAUUAAUAGGCAAAAAUAAUCAUUAUGAAUGGUCACAUAUUCCAAGAAUUAAUAAGAUUGAUCAAAUUCAACAGAACACAAUUUCUAGUGAUGAUGAUUUAUAUUCAUAUAACGAUGAUGACACAGUAGCAAUUGUAAAUACAACUGGAACAACAGGAAAACCAAAAUUGGUACAUAUCACUCAUGCUAUGCUUAAGAAUCAAAUUGAGAGCUUUGAAGAAUUAAUGUCUCCGUAUUUACUGAAAGGAAGACAAGACAGAAUUAUCAACCACAAUGUUGUCAUGACCUUGUGUGUGAAUUGUAUGGGUUUGACAUCAAUUGUUCCUCCAUUUGAUUUAUCAAAGCCAUCCAGUGUUGAUCCGAAUGAAUAUAUUAAUACCAUUCAUACCUAUAACUUUUACCCGAGAUUUGGAUUUUCCAGCCCAAUUGUUUGGAUGGAAAUCAUGGAAUAUUGUGCCCGAAUGAACAAACCAAAUUCUAAAGUGAAGGAGGAGUACAGCGUUGCUCCACCAUUGGAGGUCCUACUUUGUGGAGGAAAUUCAACACCCUUCUCUCUUCAUAAGAAGUUUCGACAAUGGGCUUCUAAAGAUGAGGAUUCUUCUGCCUUAUUGUUUCCAACGUAUGGAGCGACGGAAUGCUUACCCAUUUGCUUAACCAAUACAUGGGAGCUUGAGAAAAUUUAUGAAACAGAGGAAAUUCAAUAUUCUGUGUCACGAGGAUACUGUGUUGGAAAGGAAUGCCCAAAUGUGACUGUUCUCAUUCGAAAUCAAGAAAAGGUAUCGGGCGGCAACAUUGGAGAAAUUUGGAUUGGUGGAAAAGCGGUGAGUCCAAGAUACGAACUCGAUAACACAGCCAUGCUACAAACUAAGGAAAUUAUUGAUGGAGUUCUAUUUCACAAAACAGGUGAUAUUGGAUACAAGGAUGAAAACGAAAUGGUUUGGUAUUGUGGCCGAUUAAGCCAAACCUUUCAUGUCAUACCUGCCAAGGGCGAUCGAUCAAACAAAUCACUAGAAGAACCUCUGGUGAUCAUUCCAGCUUGUAUCGAGCAUGCAUUUUACAACAAAUUCCCUAGCAUGAGACGAUGUGCUUGUGUUGGUUAUUCACCUAUAACUAAACAAACCAACGUCAUACUCAAGCUCAAUGAAAAGAAUUUCCUUUCGAGGUAUAAUGAACUGUCAUUUCAAGAGAUGGCAAUUGUGUUCGAAACAUUUGGAAAUGAGAAAAUCGAGUCUUCCAUUCUCGAAGAAUUUUGGAAUAAUACAAUUCUGUCAAAUCCAGAAACACCAGAAGAAUUCUCGAAUCUUGCAAUCCGUUUCGUUCAGCAGAAAUCUCUUCCAGUCGAUAAUCGUCAUAACUCAAAGAUUGAAAUGACACGACUUGCUUUAGAUUUAAAUCGAUCAAUGAUUGUAAAAUAA